GUAACUGAGUCGCAGCAUUAAAUGAAUGAUACACAAUUGCAUUUAGCGAUAACGACUCGAACGUAACUACCAAGAAUUAUUUAAAACAAUUAUACAAACAAAAAUAGUAUUAACCACUUAAACGAUAUUACUGUUAAUCUAAAUCAAUACGUGCCGAUUGUGACUAAUUAUAAUAAUAAAGGAAAUCAUACAUUUCAAACCAUGGCUGCUGUGGUUAAUAACAGACCUAAAUUAGAAGAAAAUAAGUUACCAACAAUGCGUACCUUACAACUCAAUGGACACGUUGGUUUUGAUAGUAUGCCUGAUCAAUUAACUCAUAAAUCUGCACAAAAUGGGUUUGUGUUUAAUAUACUUUGUAUUGGUGAAACUGGACUUGGUAAAUCUACACUUAUGGAUUCAUUGUUUAAUACUAAUUUUGAAUCCACUCCUUCUACACAUAAUUUACCUAAUGUAAAACUAAAGGCCCAUACCUAUGAACUACAAGAAAGUAAUGUGCAGCUAAAGUUAACACUUGUGGAAACUGUUGGUUAUGGUGAUCAAAUAAAUAAAGAAGAUAGCUUUAAAUCUAUUGUAGAUUAUAUUGAUGCCCAAUUUGAAUGUUAUUUGCAAGAAGAAUUAAAAGUUAAACGUUUAUUAUCAACUUAUCACGAUUCUCGUAUUCAUGCAUGUCUAUAUUUUAUCUGUCCAACUGGACAUGGUUUAAAAUCAAUUGAUUUGGUGUGCAUGAAAAAACUCGAUACUAAAGUGAAUGUUAUUCCUAUAAUAGCAAAAGCUGAUACUAUUUCGAAAUCUGAAUUGCAAAAGUUUAAAGUUAAAAUAAUAACCGAGUUAAAAGCUAAUUGUGUUGAAAUUUAUCAAUUUCCAACUGAUGACGAAUCUGUGGCAGAUGUUAACUCUUCUAUGAAUUCUAAUAUUCCAUUUGCAGUUGUUGGUAGCACAGAUUUUGCAAAGGUUGCAAAUAAAAUGGUACGAGCUCGUCAAUACCCAUGGGGAACUGUUCAAGUGGAAAAUGAAGCUCAUUGUGAUUUUGUUAAGCUUCGAGAGAUGUUAAUUAGAACUAAUAUGGAAGAUCUAAGAGAAAAAACUCAUGAAAAACAUUAUGAACUUUAUCGAAAAAUGCGUUUAGAACAAAUGGGCUUUAGUGAUGUAGAUAAUGAAAAUAAACCAUUGAGUUUCCAAGAAUCUUUUGAAGCAAAACGUAGUCAUCAUCUACAAGAACUUCAAAAUCGUGAAGAUGAAAUGAGACAAAUGUUUGUAGUAAGAGUUAAGGAAAAGGAAGCUGAAUUAAAAGAAGCAGAAAAAGAGUUACAUGCAAAGUUUGAUAAAUUAAAACGUGAUCAAGAUGAACAAAAAAAGAAAUUAGAAGAACAACGUAGAAAGUAUGAAGAGGACUUGAUGGAAUUUAAUAAAAGAAAGCAACAGUACAUGAAUAUGGGACAUCACACCCUAACUCUGGGCAAAAAUAAAAAGAAAUGAUUUUUUUAAACUAUUAAACAUUGCAUGUUAUUUAUAUAAAAAAAUAAUAAUAACCUAUGGAUAACUGGAAUACUUUUAUACAUUUAUAAUCGUUUUAAUUAAUUAUACCAUAUUUUUGUUUAGAAUUUAACUAUAUUAUGAUAAAAAUAAUUCUAUUGAGAAAUUAAGAAUUGGUAGCAAUAAAUUAAAACAAUAAAAUUCCAACGGAGAUUUAAGACUACUA